AUGGCCGCGCCUCAGCAAACCAACUGGCCAGCUCUUUCGCAGGCCCUCGCCACCGUCUCUGCCGAGACCGCACUGAUCCCCAACGCCCCUGCCAUUGUGCAGAAUCAACAAUUGCACGCACAGCAACAAGCCUUGGCCCAGCAAUUGCAAGCCAGCAAUCAACAGACUCAAGCCAGCUUCCAGCAAAUCCAAGCCAUCCUCCAGCAACUCCAAGCCACCGUCCAGCAAGUCCAAGCCACCGUCCAGCAAGUCCAAGCCAACCAAGCAGAGACAACGACAUGCCUUGAUGGCAUGCCGGCGAGGAUUGCAAAUGCCACCUGUGAGCUACAACUGCCCCUUGCCUACCCGCCCCUCCCAAACAACGCAGCACAGCCGGUAGGCCCGGGAGGUCCCAUGCCGUGGACCAAACUGGAUAUCAUCAACUACACCGCUCCUCAAGCUGCAGAUGCCUUGGCAGCUCUUGGGCUUCCCCCUCAGCACACUCUUAUUCUACGCAGACAAUCACUGGCUCGUUUCUUUGGUUUCGUGUUGUAA